CAGACGGUCAUCACUAAAUGUAAUACUAUUCAAAUUAAAUAAAAAAUCGAUUUUAACCACUAAGGCCAUUUUUAGUCUGUAAAAUUUCCUACAAAUGACAACAAGUUUGAACACGUUCUGACGCGUAGUUUGAUUAUUUUGGUUAUUCUUGUUGAGAAUUUCUAGUAAACAGCCGUCAAAAUUAUUUGUGAUUGCAGUACAAAUUCAAAUUAUAAAAAUAAUAUAUUCAAACAGCUCAAUUGACUUGAGAUUUUUUGUGAAAAUGCCACAACAAAAUAAUGGAAAGAAAAAGUUUAAUCUCUCUGCAAUGAGUGAUGAAGAAAUUGUAAAUUUUAUGAACUCAGCUGAAACUGAUGAUGAAUGUGAAGAUUUUGACCUCAGUUUUGAAGAUCCAGAUUAUCAUUGCGAUGAGCUUCAACCUGAACCUAAUACAACAAUAAACAGUAAUUUCCAACUACUGGAUUUUGACAACAGAUUCAAAGAUCCAGAUUAUCAGUGUGAUGAGCUUCAACCUGAACAUAGUACCAUUAUAAAUAGCUGUUUGCAACUAAUGGAUUCCUCAUCGCUUACAAAGGCACUUCAUUUUUCAAUGAAUGUUAGCAAUUUUAAUUUGAGUGAAAUUGAUGAACCAAAACAAACUGUAACUUUAAACAAAGAUAUAAGUAUAACACUGCAAAAUGAAGAUGCUAAUCCAGCACUUCACGAACUACAAACAAAAGCUACUAUGUCAACACCACAGAGUGAAGUUGCGAUAAAAACGUCAUUCAAACCAAAGAAAAGAGCUCGAUCACCAUUACCAUGUGUAGAGGUUUCAGGACCACCUGUAACACCAUCAGCUGGUGGGUUCACAGGAGCUAGCUUGGUAGAUAUUCACAAAAACUCAGAUGAGUUCAAACAAAUCGUUUGGCGUAAAAAGUGUAUGCAAUUACACGUCAAUGAAGUAGCAUUUAGAGGAAGUACAGACCUACCACCUGUAGUAAAAAAACUGCAAUCACCAUUGGAUUUUUUUAACUAUUUUUUUACAGACGAUCUGGUAGAAUUGAUUAGUUUGGAAACGCAUCGAGCUGCAAUUACAAAAAACUUGAACACAAAGUUCAAAAUUGACAAAUAUGGGAUUCGUCGAUACAUUGGAGUUUUGAUUUUUAUGUCAGUUUACCGUUACCCAAACAUUGAAGAUUAUUGGAGUGAAUUCGGAUUUGGACACAUACCAGAGAGUAUGCCAAAAAACAGAUUUGAGCAGAUAAAAAAAUAUUUAUCGUUCAACGAUGAAUCAAAACGAGUCAAAAAAGGUGAUAUAGGAUAUGACCCAAUUUUUCGGAUCAGAAAAGUUGCAACACAUUUGCUUGAGCGCUUUGAUUCAAUUCCAAAAAAUGCUCGAUUAUCAAUUGACGAACAAAUGUGUUCCACAAAAAUGGUUCACCAUUUACGGCAGUAUUUACCUGACAAACCUCAUAAGUGGGGUGUAAAGCUCUUUGUUUUGUGUGACAGCAAUGGAUACUCAUACCGUUUUGAAAUAUAUACCGCAGCCAAAAAUGAUGACAUAGUUCUGCCUUUUACUCCAAACAUUGGAGCAACAGGGAAUGUUGUUAUUAGGUUGUCGCAAACAAUACCAAAUUUUGUUAAUCAUAUAUUGUAUUCGUAAACGUAUUGUAUUUGUAAACGUUCAGUUGGCCGUCCAUCUGCUACACAACCAACUAACAGAAAUUAUGUCGGUAGAAAAGCAGCUCAUCCAGUAGCAAGUGUAAGAUUCGAUGAAAUGAAUCAUUUUCCUGAAUGGGGAUCAAAAAAAUCGUGCAAAUUUUGCAAAAAAUCUGACACACACACAUUUUGCACUAAAUGUAAUAUCCACUUGUGCUUUUCCAAAGCAAAGAAUUGUUUUAAAGACUAUCAUCAAAAUGAAUAAUACUCUUUUUUUAUGCUUUGA